AAAACAACCAAAGAGAUCCUACAUAUGGUCUAAUUGGUUGGGUUUUUGGGUACCUAAGGAUUUUGAGUGUGGUUUUCCUAUAUCUACACAAUUUCCCUGCUACUUUCCUUCAUCUUUUAUUAAUUUGUUCACAAAUUUUCCUUUCUGCUUUACAAAAAAAAAAAAAAAAAAAAUGGCUUACCAAAAGGGACUUAAGCUUCGAAAUUAUCUAUUGAUUAAACCAAAAGAAGCUAGUUUCCUUCAGUUUAUCCGUCUCUUGUUUUCCCCUAACUCGAACAGAAUAAGCUUCAUUGAGUUCUCGGAAGAAGAAGGGCAGAAACUUAGAGAGAGCCUUUUGUUCAGACUUAUCAUAACCGCUUCCGCUUUCGUGCAGAAGCUCCUACUUAAAAUAAGAGUUCCCAUGGCUAAAGUUGGUGAUCUUCUUGAAUCGCUUCUUAAUAUUAUAACAGCCAACGGCGGCUUAAUUGCACUCUUGCGUAACUUAACCACAGGAAAGGUGGUGUUGCCGACUCCAAUACAAUCUGCAUCCGUGAUUGGAAACCUUGAUACGCGAGUGGAUUUAGACAAGAACAUUACUACGGACGACGAUAAAUAUUUGGGAGCGCUAACUAUGAUGGCUGCUAAACUGGCAUAUGAGAGUGCAGCCUACGUUACAAACGUAGUUCAGUUUCAUUGGAAGAUGCAAUUCUUGGGGUUCUAUAAUUACUGGAAUGAUUAUCUCGGAACAUUUUCAACACCAGUUUUCCUGUUUCAAGACGCAAAGUUCAACGCCAAACUGGUAGUCGUGGCCUUCAGAGGCACCGAUCCGUUCAGCGCAGAUGGGUGGAGCACCGACAUCGAUCUCUCGUAUUACGAGAUCGAGAACGUCGGAAAGGUCCACCGUGGCUUCGCCAAAGCUCUCGGCAUAAUUCAAAACGACAACACCAUGCCGUCCCAGCUAUUAGAACAAAAUAAAGAUGGUAUUGAUUUGAAACCCUAUGCUUACUAUGAGAUCGUAAAGCUGCUCAAGGGUAUACUGCUACUCAACCCCAAGGCCAAGUUUAUAGUGACGGGUCACAGCUUGGGUGGCGCGUUGUCGGUGAUGUUCGCGGCGGCGCUGGCAAUGCACGGCGAGGCUGAUUUGCUCGGAAAGUUGCAGGGUGUUUACACUUAUGGACAGCCUAGGGUUGGGGACGAACAGUUUGGGACCUACAUGGAACAGAAACUGUCAAAGUACAAUUUGAGUUACAAUAGGUAUGUUUACUCCUUCGACUUGGUGCCGAGGAUCCCUUUUGAUGACAACAGUUUCUUGUACAAGCACUUUGGGAAAUGCCUCUUCUUCAACAGCCUCUACAAGGGGAAGGUUCUUGAGGAUGCGCCAGACAAGAACUACUUCUCUUUGAUAUGGUACUUUCCGAAGCUUCUGAACGCGUUGUGGGAGUUGAUUAGGAGCUUCAUAAACCCACAUAAAUAUGGUCCGGACUAUAAGGAGGGCUGGUUUCAGAUAUUGUAUAGGUUGUUUGGUAUAUUGGUUCCAGGAUUAUCAGCUCAUGGCCCUCAAGAUUAUGUCAAUCUUACCCGCUUGGGAUCCGUGCCUGCACUUAACGGCCCUGAUGAUGAUUAUGAAUAUGAUGAACCAAUCAAAGUACUCAUACAGCCUUGAUAUAAUUAAUUACCCUGCUGAGAUUCCCGAAUAUCAUGUGAAAUAUGACUAUCUAUGGUCACUGUUGCCGUUUGUAGCAACUUCUUAAAUAAUCCAUGUUGGUUUCUGCUCAUGUAAUAAAUUGUUAAGCGCUAUUUUGGA